AUGGCAGAGAACAGCACCAGCGUGAUGGAAUUUAUUUUGAUUGGGUUCCAGCUUCAUGCAGGGCUGCAGCUAUGUCUGUUCUUUGUGUUUCUGGCCUUUUAUCUCAUCACCGUGGGGGGCAACCUGGGCAUGAUCCUGCUAAUUCAGAAUGACCCUCAGUUGCGGACUCCCAUGUACUUCUUCCUCAGCCACCUUUCCUUCCUGGACAUCUGCUACUCGUCUGUUAUUGUCCCGCAGUUGCUUGAGACCUUGAGGACGGAUAAGAUGGUCAUCACCUAUGAGCGCUGUGCCACGCAGUUCUUCUUUUUUACACUCUAUGCUAGCACCGAAUGUUUCCUUUUGGCUGUGAUGGCCUAUGACCGCUACGUGGCUGUGUGUAACCCGCUCCUCUAUGCCAUCGCCAUGACUCCGCAGACCCGCCUGGGGCUGGUGGCUGCCGCGUAUGCUGGCGCCAUGGUGAAUUCUGUGGUCCGCACUGGGUGUACCUUCUCCAUCUCCUUCUGUAAGUCCAAUCAGGUGGACUUCUUCUUUUGUGACCUUCCACCGCUGCUGAAGCUGGCCUGUAGUGAGACCAGGCCCCGGGAGCAGGUCAUCUUCCUCUUAGCAUUCCUGGUCAUCACAACCAGCAUUUCAGUGAUUCUUAUAUCCUACGCGUUCAUCAUAUGGGCCAUUCUGAAGAUUCGGACGGCGGGAGGUAAAGCCAAGACCUUCUCCACCUGUACCUCUCACAUGACAGCGGUGGCUAUUUUCUUUGGGACACUGAUAUUCAUGUACCUGAAAGGUAACAUGGGCAAAUCCCUCUGGGAAGACAAGAUUGUGUCAGUGUUUUACACUGUGGUCAUUCCCAUGCUAAACCCCAUGAUCUAUAGCCUGAGAAACAAGGAAGUGAAGGAAGCUCUGAAGAAAGUCCUCAAAAGAGUGAGGGUUUCCCAAGCAGAGUAA